AUGUUUGCCGUUCCAGGCUGGUCAGUUUCAGCAUCUGCGCUCAAACCGCAGAGCGAGCCCGUGAAAACCCAGACCCAGACCCAGACCACCGAGUCGCCCAAACCGAAUGCAAACGCCAAAUCGAAGAAGCGCAAGCGGGAUGAUCAGGUCACCAAGAAGAAUGUGGACGCGAUGUACCGCCGUCAUAUUGAAGGCCUGACUGGCCCGGCGAAGCAUGGAAAGCAGAACAACGCCAAAUCUGUGAGGCCUGACAAAAAGCGCAAGAAGGAACAGAAAGACGAUGGUCCCAAACAAGACGCAGACUCCGAAGUGGCUCCUGAAACGGAGCCCACAGGAUCAGAUGCUACCGAAGGCAAAUCCAAGAGGAAGAGGAAGAACAAGAACAAGGGUCCUCAGCAGUCCGAAGGAUCUGCACCGGCUACCGAUUCCGUCCCUCAAACCGAGUCGCUACCAGUAGCGCCUCCGAAGACAGAGGCCAGUCUAACACCUCUUCAACAGUCUAUGCGACAAAAACUGAUUUCUUCUCGCUUCCGCCACUUGAACGAAACUCUCUACACCACCCCGUCGACGAAAGCCCUCGAGCUCUUCACUGCGAGCCCCGAACUCUUCGAAGAAUACCACGCAGGUUUCUCCCGCCAGGUUAAAGAGUCUUGGCCCUCAAACCCUGUCCACGGAUACAUCAGCGCUAUUCGUGCCAGGGCCGCUAUCUCAAAUGCCCCCAGGAAAGGAAACAAACCAGACCAAAAGUCACGGAACCAGGCACUACCGAUACCGAGACGACCCAACGGCACAUGCACCAUUGCCGAUCUAGGCUGUGGUGAUGCUCAGCUCCACCGCACCCUGGCCCCAUCAGCCCAGAAGCUCAAGCUCAAACUCCUCAGCUACGACCUUCACGCCCCCAAAGACUCUCCUAUAACCAAAGCCGACAUUUCCAACCUUCCAGCGGAAGACGGUUCCGUUGACGUUGCAAUCUUUUGUUUGAGUCUUAUGGGCACGAACUGGGUUUCGUUCGUUGAAGAAGCCUGGCGCGUCCUUCGUAGCGACGGCAAGGGUGAAUGCUGGGUCAGCGAGGUGAAAAGCCGCUUCGGCAAAGUCACCCGCAAAAAGGCGCAGAUCGGCGCAAAAAGGACCCUUACCAAGGCCGAGAAGAAGAAGCUCAAGAAGAAGGGCGAUGAUGACGCAGGGUCUGAUGUUGAUGAAGAAGAUAUCUACGCCGAAGAUGCUCGUCCUGCGCAGGAUGACGGGACUGAUAUCUCGGCCUUUAUUGAGGUAUUUAGGACGAGAGGGUUUGUUCUCAAGCCGGAGUCUGUGGAUAAGUCGAACAAGAUGUUUGUCAAAAUGGAGUUUGUGAAACAGGGUGGUGCCCCGACGAAGGGUCCGCAUGCAUCUGCUGCGGCACCUGCAGCUGGUAAGAAGAGGUUCAUUGAGAAGGCUAAGGUUGAAGAGAAGGGAAUGUCGCCAGAGGAAGAGGCCGCUGUGCUGAAACCCUGUGUCUAUAAAAUUCGCUGA